CCAAUGUAGUUAUGCUGCUCACAGCAUAAAGUGUGAGUAGAUACUCACACGGUGGAUCUGUUGUCCACGUGGGCGAGGGUAAGAUGGCGCCGGGUUUGGGUAGAGGAAGGUGAGCCGGUUUGGGUCGGCUGGUCGAACCCAUGGCUGACCAAGCCCACCGGGCCCACAAUUCAAAAAUCAAAAAUUGUUCCCCUCUCUCCCCUAAUUCAGUUCCCCUCUCUGUUGCUCUCCCCCACUUCAACUUCCCCUCUCUCUCACUUCUCCUCUCUCUCACUUUCCUCCUCUCACGAAACCGACGAAGAACAAAGCUAAGCGGCGGCGAGGGACCAGCGGUGCGGCGGCGAGCGAGCGAAGCGGCGAGUGGUGCGGCGAGCGAAGUGGCGGCGAGCGGUACGGCGGCGAGUUCCUGUGGCGGCGAGCGAACCGGCGGCGAUCGAAGCGAGAUUUCGGCGGCGACGAAGGGCGGGAUUUCGGCGGGAUUUGGACUAAGGGAUAAAACGAACGUGAAGAGACAUCGACGAAAUCCACCGCCGUCACCACCGCCACGGCCAGAGGAGGAUGAGGAAGAAGAAGAU